AUGGUUUCCCAAGUGUGUCAGAACUACCACAAGGACUGUGAGGAUGCUGUUAACAAGCAGAUCAACCUGGAGCUCUAUUCCUCCUACGUUUACCUCUCCAUGUUCUCUUACUUUGACCGGGAUGAUGUUGCCCUGCAUCACUUUGCUGAGUUCUUCAAGGAGCAGUCCCAUGAGGAACGGGAACACGCUGAGAAACUGAUGGCAUUCCAGAAUAAACGUGGAGGUCGAGUCCUCCUGCAGGACAUUAAGAAGCCAGAGCAGGAUGAGUGGGGCAAUGGUCUGGAGGCAAUGCAGAGAGCUCUGCAGAUGGAGAAGGAUGUGAACCAGAGUCUGCUGGAUCUGCACAAACUGGCCUCUGGCCACAUGGACCCUCAUCUGUGUGACUUCCUGGAGAGGCACUACUUGGAUGAGCAAGUGAAGAUGAUCAAGAAGCUGGGAGAUCACAUCACCAACCUGAAGAGACUGGGAGCCCCUGACAAUGGCAUGGGAGAGUACCUGUUUGACAGGGGUGACAGUUUCCUUUAUUUAAAGGAUGAGGAUGUCUCUGAGCUGACACCAUUUAUUUAUCCAUUGCUCAUUGUCCCCAAGGCCAGGUCAGAGUCACACACGUGGCUGUGGUUGCAGCGUCAUACGCAGGCCAGAAUUUCUGGAAUGAACCUGGGCAGAAAGUUAAUUGGCUACGAUGAUAAUCGUUUUCCCAAGUCCCUCGAUGUAGAAGUGGACGGGAUGUCUGUGCUUGAAAUUUACAAGUGGAUUCAUGGAUUUGACAGGAAUCAAGAUAGUGACCAGAGCUAG